AUGUCUGGGAUGCCGACAACAGUACUUCUAAGUAUUGACGGUUCAACGUCGUCUGAAGCUGCGUUCGACUAUUAUGUUCACCAAGGCGGCUUUACCAAGUACCAGCAUGCAGUCAAUCAAAAGAAGAUAGAAGCCGAACAGAUUGCAGCGAAAUAUUCGGAAAAGUUAAAAAAUUCUAAUAUAACGGGUGACGUAACGACGAAACUGUGUACCAAAUCCGUUGGACAGGAGGUUGUCGACCGUGCGAUUGAGAAGAAGGCAGACCUGAUCAUCAUGGGUACGAGAAGCUUGGGGCAGGCCAAAAGAACCUUGCUGGGAAGUGUAAGUACGUACGUACUCCACCAUGCUCUCUGCAAUGUGGCUAUUUGUACUCAGACCAAACAAUCAGACAAAGCCACUUAG